AUGCCGAACCCAGCGAUUGCCGCGUACGAAGCCGCAUACGAUGUGCUCCAAGAGCCGAGCGCAUUCGCCGCCACGAGCUCACUUCCGCACCUGCCACCGGUGCUCUUCCGACUCGCGGGCGUGGACGAGCCGGUCUCGUGGCCGCUCAGCAACGCGCAGGCAGCGCAGAUCGCUGCGCUCUACCCCAACAAGCUCAUCUCUGCGGCCAACAUCCACCUCAAUGAGCGAUAUGCCGACAACUAUAACCGCAUGCUUGACGAAGUCAGCGACGCCUGUCUUCCGCACUUGGUGCCAUCGCAUGACACGUCCAUGGAGCUCUCGCACAUGGUUGUGGACGACGUCGGCGACGCCGACCUCUUUCGCUUGCAGCCUUCAAACGAUGACGUAGUCAACGCGACUACGUUUGGUGUGCUCAUCGUGCUGCUUCCAUCGGCGCAUACCGGCGGCGUCCUCACGUUCACGUACGGCAACCACUCGAAAACGUUUGAUGAUGACGAGUCGCUUGUCGAAACGCCACUUGCCGCUGCCUUUCUUACGACGACAAUCUCGUCAGCGCCCAUCACAGCUGGGCGUCACAUGGCGCUUGUCUACCGCUUGUACUACGGCCACGUAGACGGGCCGAUGCGCAUGAAGCCGAACGUGCAAGACGCGGCGGUCGCGGCCUUUCGAGCCGUCGGGCAGUCGACGACGCAAGAGGGCCAUCGCCUUGGACUGGAGCUCGAAGUGCCGCGUCAGUACACAUUGAAUUUGGACGAGCUCACGCUCUGGCAAAAGGGGAUUCUCUACACGUUUGGAAAAAGCUAUAUCGUGGAGAUUCUGCCAUUGUGUGACAUCCCCGAACUCGUUUUGGACGGUGUGUUGGGCCAGAUGCCCCAUGGUUUUCUGCAAAUGCCGCCAUUGACGUCCAAUGCGUUUGAGUGCCCAAGCUUUGCGCUCGUCUUUUGGCCCAAGCACUAUCGCGUGUGCUGGGUCGACAUUGACGGCGCCUUGGACGUUGUCAUGCUGCGACUGGAGCGCGGCGACGACCGGGACGACGGGUAUCUCGGCCUCUUUGACACGCGGGAGCUCGUGCUCGGUGCGAUGCCAUACUUUGGCGUCACCCGCUCAUCGCUGGUCAAGGCCAAGUCGUGCGAACUCGCGCCCGUCGUCCAUGCACUCUUGACCAAGCAUGGCUGGGAGCCGCUGCAGGCGUCGAUGCUUCGGCUUGUCCAGCGCUGGGUCCAGACACAUCCAAUUAGUACGCUGCAGCUGCUCACAAGCUUGGUCGGCCUCGACACUGAGUCGUGUGUGUGCUUGCCACUGCGUCAGCCGUUUGAGGCCGAGCUCUUCAAGCGCUGCUACGAUGUGGUGCUGUCAACGCCCGACCUCUUUAUUGAAGAGGUGGGUGAAGAGGAUUGUGGCUGGAAGGUUGUCAAGGGUCUCUUCUUGCUCGAGCACUACGUGAAAAAAAUGGCGCCGCAGCUCCAAAACGCUAACUACGCGAGCCAACGUCUGCCAUUGAGUCUCGUGCCAGCCAUCGAUGGGUUCCUCUUUGCACACCCGUCGGUCGAGAGCGUGCUGUGGUCCUCGGCUGAGUUGUGCCAAGAGUACGCUUGGUUGUACCCGCUUGACGACAUUGGCGUCGGCCUUGCGUCGGCCGUGCGCUGCCAACCGUUGCUGUCACUACCACCCACCGUGAUCGACAUGGUCCUCGCAGCCAUGCGCAAGCCCAGGUCAGUGUGUCAUAUGGCCAACAUGGCUGGCCGCCAAGCCGACAUUGCCCCUGCGGUGCUCGUCGCGGCGAGCCUCUCGCAGCGUCUUGAUGCAGCGCUCUUUGCUCGCUUUGUGGACAUAUAUGGUCUUCAACUGCUCCCGAUCGUUGCCUCGAUCGCCUCUCAGCUUCCGAAUGAUGCGAUCUUGUGCCCGCUCGUCGUUACGUACAUUGACAGCUCGGUAGACACGCUCGUCGACGAGUCCAAGUGGCCCGAGCCGCUCCGCAUGUGGAUCGAUAGUAUCGAUCUCAAAGUAACGAGCAAGUAUCACGUCAACGCCGUUGUCCACGCGCUGCAGCUUUUGCAGCGGUAUGCACCGCGCACUGUCCUUGGGUACGCGACACGAUGGCUGGCGCUGCUCCCAACGACACUUGGAACGAUCCAUGACCGGCUAUUGCCGAUUCUGAGUCGCCUCGAUCGCAGUAGCUGCGUCUAUUCGCUGCUUGCGACGGCCAUCGUUGAUCGCUUCGCCACGGUGCCAGUGCCGCUACCGCCGCCGACCCUCGACCCACAGCAUUGCGUCCAGUGCAGCGUAGCCCAUUUGUUUGUCACAAUCGUUCAGGAGCGCGAUAUGACAUGGUACACGGGAACAGACAGGGUCUGCACGAGCCUCGUCCGCGCCGUAGAAGCAGACGCGACGCGGCUUCGUAUCACCCAAAGCCAAGCACAGUCCACCCACGCUUCCGGCGCCCAUUACCGCCUUCAGAAGGUGCCACAACAUGGUCAAAUCUCCGAGCCCGAGUGGUACGAUCGCAAGAAGCAGAUGCGGCAGUAUGCCACCGUCAAGGCCGUCGUCGAGACCUUAUCCAGUCAAUGUGGUGACGCAACAUCCGAGGAACCGGCAGCGCCGGCUGCAAAGCGAGCGCGGCGGUCCCAAGUCGUCCAUCUUCCCUUUGACGCCAUCGAUAAUGAAAUCUAUUGA